AUGUCUACCCAAGUUCAAGAAGGCGAUAAAGUCUCCUGGAACUGGAACGGUUCCCAUCCCUCCGGCACAGCCUCAGAAGUCAAACCUGGGGAAGUGACCGUAACCUCGCACCGCGGCAAUGACAUCAGCAAAACAGGCGACGAAUCCAACCCCGCCGUGCACAUCUCGCGCUCCGGUAACGAUGUUGUCAAGACUGCCAAUGAGCUAAAGGUCGAGAGCAAAGGGGAGUCAAACGGAGAUAGUACUGAGAAACCGAAUGGCAAUAGCAACGACACACCCGCGCAACAAGAGAAGAAAGAGCCCGAGGUAGCAAACACAGGCGACAAGCGCACCGUGGACGAACAGUCUUCUGCAGAUGCCGAGGAGAAAACUGAGGAUACGGAUGCCAAGAAGCAGAAAACAAGCACCGACGCCAAAACAAACGGAACGGGCGGAGAGAAGAAGAAACCCGGACGUCCCAAGAAUAGCACUGCGUCUAAGAAGGAGAAGAAGGCUCCUACUGUGGGUAUAGCGCAAAGACGGACGCGGAGUCAAGGAGCGCCUAGCACUGAGGGGGCUUAA